AUGGGCGUUCACGAUUUGUGGUCUAUCGUCGAGCCCGUUCGUGAGUCGGUUCCGUUGUUAAGUUUGGGCGGAAAGACUUUGGCGGUAGACCUGAGUUUAUGGGUGUGCGAAGCUCUGCAUGUUCAGGGGAUGAUGGGCAGAGUCACGAAGCCCCAUCUGAGGAAUUUAUUUUUCCGAGUGUCGUCCCUCACUCUGAUGGGGGUAAAGCUUGUUUUUGUCAUGGAAGGAGAAGCUCCCAAGCUUAAAUCGGAAACAAUGAGCAAGAGGACAGAAACGAGAUACAGAGGGUUUAAAAAAAGUUCUUGCAGAAGCACCAACAGGGGGCGCUUUAACGCUGUUCUCAAAGAGUGUGCAGAGAUGUUGGACUACCUGGGUGUGCCCUGGGUGACAGCUGCCGGGGAGGCAGAGGCCAUGUGUGCUUACCUGGACUCAGUGGAUCUAGUGGACGGCUGCAUCACCAAUGAUGGGGAUGCCUUUUUAUAUGGAGCCCGGACAGUCUACAGGAACUUCAAUAUGAACAGCAAAGACCCUCAGGUGGAUUGUUACCAGACUUCUCGAGUGCACACAGAGUUACAUCUGUCCAGAGAGAAUCUUGUUGGUCUAGCCAUUCUGCUUGGCUGUGAUUACAUUCCUAAGGGUGUACCAGGUAUUGGCAAAGAACAAGCAUUACGGCUUAUAGAGACACUGAAAGGGCAAUCGCUUCUGACGAGGUUUAACCAGUGGAAGACGGUGAAUUCAGAUGAGCUUGAUGUAGUUGUAAAAAAAGUUUCUCACUGCAGCAUAUGUCGACAUCCUGGCUCAGCCAAGGCACACGAGCGAUGCGGCUGUGAGCUCUGCGACAGCCGACGGUUCUGUCAACCGCAGGACUUUGAUUAUCCGUGUCCCUGCGACUGGCACUGCUACGAACGAACCCGCCAGGCCUCGUCUCUGGAGGCAAACAUCAAAAGAAAAACACUGGCAAGUCAACAGUUCCCUUUCACAGAGAUCAUCAGUGAGUUUCUGGUUCCCAAGGAUAAACCUGUGUCACAUUUCAAGAGACGACAGCCGAACAUGUUCUUAAUGCAGAAAUUUGCCUUUGACAAGAUGGAGUGGCCAAAACACUACACCAGUGAGAAGGUUUUAGUCUUGAUGACCUACACUGAGCUGAUGAACAGAAAACACAAAAGAGAAGUUCCCUCUCAAAUCAAGCCCAUCCGAAUAUUUAAACCCAGGGUGAGGAAUGCUGUUGCUUGCUUUGAAAUCAUCUGGAGCACCCCAGAACAUUACGUGUUUCCCGAGGACCGACCUGCAGCGGAUCAACAUGAGGUGAGAACUGUGGAGGAAGAGUCGCUCGUUCGCAUCGCCUUCCCAGAAGUGGUGGAGAGCUACCUCAGAAUUAAAGCUCUGGCUGAAGAGAACAAAACCAAGAAAAAGAAACCAAAAAGUAAAAAGGAGACACCGUCUGAUCCCUCUGAUGGUGUUUUGGAUCUCUUGGAUCAACUGACUCUUCAGAGCUCUUCCACUCAGACACAAACUUUGCCCCCUUCCACUUCGUACUCUGAGAAAACAGAAGUGAUCGUUCUGGACACUCCCCAGAGUCGUAAGCAGCUUCAGGAGAAACGAGAAGUCUGCUCGAUUCCGAGUCGUCCACUCUCUCGAGCCGAAUCAGGCGAUGCUGCUUCACCUUCUGUCUCCGCUGUUAUUGAUGCUUUACAUCUGAGCGACAUUGACUGGGACACUCUGUCCUUCACGUCCUCCCCUACCUCACAAGCUGAGACCACAGUCAAGGAUGAGACACAAGGUGGAAACGGAGAACGAGCACCAUCGAGUGAUGUGAGACAGGCAGACUCCAGACCUGCUGCAGAGCUCUGCUGCACAGAGUGUCCUCUCAGAGACAGGCUGCUCAUGAGGAAUGCAGCUACAAAUCAGACAAAGAAAGGCAGCGAUGUAGUUUCAAAACAUCUGAUCUAUGAGCUAACUCUUCCUGCCAGCAUCUCGCAAGGAAAGCACGGUGGAGAACAUUCAAGAAAAGUGAAGGAAUCAGUUUGGAAUACAAAGGAACCGAUUACAAACAAAAGUCAAACUCACAGUUUAAAAGAGCAGCAAAUUCUAUUAUUACAAACUCACAACAGGACAAGGGAGGAAUCGAAUGGCUCCAAAAAGCCUCCGCAGAAAUAUAAGUUUGUCAGGACAGCUCUGUCUUCUUCUCUGCCGAGGUGCCGCUCUGGUCCAGAUCAAAGUGACAGUAAGAACAGGAGCGUACCGCCGACCACCAAGAAGAGCGUGUGCAGCAGCCUGCGUUCGUCCAGCGAGGACAGCGAUACGGAAAACCAGCCUUCUGGACCUCGAAGGCAGACAAAACCCAACAAAUUCGAGAGCGGCUUUAUUUCAGACUUCCCUCUGAAAACCGUUUCCGACCCAUUCAAAAGUAUCGAACCAAAUCCAGAAGCUUCUCACAAGCGUCAGGGUGCGGUAUCUCAGAGUGGCAGAGGAAAGAUUGACGGUGACGCAUCGAGUGAGAGCAAAUGGCAGGGUGUGCAGACGUCUAAAGAGUGCGAUGACGUGUUUCUUCAGACUCCUACAUCACCUGUCGCUUUGUUCGACAGCGACGAUUCGGUGAUUUGCAGCGACAGUCCGCUGCCGCUGGCUGAGAGACUGAGACUGAAAUUUCUUCAGUGA